AGGAUCGGCUUGUCCUGCGCCAUCCUCGCACUUCUGCUCUAUACCGCUUGGCACAAGUACAAGCGGCGCCGUGCUCGGUCGUGCAUGCAUAUUCGAGGUCCUCCUUCUCCGAACUAUUUGUUGGGGCACAUCGUCGAACUCACUCAUCAAGAUGAAGUAGGCGACCUCGAGUAUCAGUGGAUGAAUCAGUAUGGAUGGGCCUGGAAGAUCAAACACUGUCUUGGGAGAGACGUGCUAUUCCUUGCCGAUCCUAAGGCCUUGCAACAUAUAUUCAGAUCCGGCUACGGCUACUCCCGUACAACCGACUCCAGGUUCAUAUCCUGGCUACUCAUGGGAGAGAGUGUACUGUUUUCUGAUCAUAUGCAACACGCCCGGAUUCGCAGAACCAUGGACCCGGCCUUCAGCACAACUCGCGUACGGGCCUUUUACCGAUGUUCCAACGGUCGUCGAAGAAGCUGUGCCAAAAUGGCAGCAAGAGCUCGCAGGACGUUCCUCAAUGCCGGCCGUAAACGUUUCCCCAUGGUUUUCACGCUUGACGCUCGACGCCAUAUGCGAAGCUGGGUUCGACUUCAACUGCGGCGCCCUUGACGACGACUUGAAUGAAUAUGUGAGUGUGUACAAGGAUAUGUUCCGAGACUCUAUGGUGCACCCUACGCCUGAGUCCCUCUUGUUCCGGCAUUUCUGGCCUUACAUGCCUGAGUCUAUGCUACGCACGCUUGUGCGGCUCCCGGCAAAGCAGUUCGUUCGGAUGCGACAUUCUCUAAGUACGAUCAACCGUCUCUCGGAACGACUCAUCAAGCAGAGAAAGACGGCGGCGAAAACGCAGACUGGGGAUCAAGACGGCGAGCGCGGCAGGGACUUGAUGAGUAUCCUAGUCAGAGCCAAUAUGUCUGAGAAUCCCAAGCACCGCCUGACGGAUACUGAAAUGAUCGCCCAGGUGGCGACUUUGCUUCUCGCGGGGCACGAGACAUCGGCGGGCACGCUGAAUUGGCUGUUCUGGGAGCUCGCGAAGGAUGUCGACUACCAACAGAAGAUUCGGGAGGAGGUCGCGGCGGCUCGCGCGGAUGUCGUCGCCAGGGAGAUACCGAGUUCUCUGUCGCGGAUCUGGAGUCUAUGGUGUACGUCAACGCAGCUAUCAAGGAAAUCAUGCGCCUGCAUCCGAUAGUGUACUUGCUCGUACGAGUGGCAGACAGGGACGAUGUGAUCCCGCUGUCAAAACCCAUUACAACUACCACCGGCGAAACAAUCAG